AUGCCAAAUGUGAAUUCCAAUAAGCCUGGCGCUGACCCCGACUGGGCGCUCGCCCUCUCCCGUGGCGCCAACAACCAUGUAGGGGAAUAUGUACAAAAUAGUAACAACACAAAAGACCCCCUGCAAUGUGCCAGUAAUAUCCAAAGAGGAAGUUUUCACAACAAGGCUGCACCAAACAGCUGCAGCGAUAGCACUAGAAGCAGCAACCCUAACAAUGAAGUACCCUCCCCCGAUUUGUCGACGUCAAAUAAUGGAGCAAACACUGCUCUUCCGAAAAAUCACAACAAUGAUGACACGUACGAAGUGUACCAGUUAAACGUAAAAAGUAGUAGCAAUGACUCGUCACCGCAAAAGUCGAAGUUGAGUGUAUCUAGCUAUUCACAACAGUAUGAAGAAUCUUACGAAGAAAGAACAAAAUUUAACAAAAAAAAAAGCAGCUUUUAUGAUAAUAAUUCGGUACCAGAUAGUUAUCCCUUUCUCCAUAGCUAUAAUAUUAGUCAUACGGACAAUGCGAAUAGGAAGCAUGAUAACGGGGCACAUCAACAGAACAAUUCCAGUGGUGGAGGAACUCCCCAGAAGAACAGCACGCAGCAUGCUAGCAUGUGCGAUCAGCACGGUGCAGGGGGGCCAAAUGAGAAUGAAGGGGAGUCAGUGUGGGGACCGGAUAAUUUGGGAAACUUCCGCUUGGACAAGAAAGGGGCCUCGAAGUGGGGUCCCGAAAAAGAGGAGCAACGAAGCGGGGUAAGAUGCGAGGUGGGGGGCGAGGUAGGAGGCGGGGUAGGGGGCGAGGUAGGAAGCCAUCCACAAAACGGCCUACCAAAUGAACAAGACAGUGCCAGUUGUGCCUCCCUAGGACCAGCCGAGGGCUCCCCUAAGGGACAUACCCAAAAAGACGGCGAUGGGAACAAGCUGAGCGUGCACAACUACGAUGUAGACAAACUGUAUGAAGAUUUUUAUGUGAACCGAGAGAGAGCAAUGAGUCAUACAAAGAUAUUCAAUUAUGCCGGAAGUGAAGAGAUGAAAAUUACCAAGCCGAAAGAUAAAACGAAUACGUUUGUCCCAAAGUACAAUAAUUUGUCAGCCAAAGAAAUCCAUUUUAACAGCCUCGCAGGGAAUGAUAACAUAACCAUUUUAGCUGCGAACAAAAUGAAACUAGAUCUUACCAAGUUAUCCGAAAAGAACGAAGAUGCUUUACCAGAUUUAUACCCUACAAAUUUUAACUAUAUAAAUACGUAUAACAACAAUAAUGCUGAUAUUACUCUAGAGGAAAGAAGAAAUUAUAUGAACUCGAGUCAUAUUUUUGAUUGUGAUGAUAAUAAAAUGGAACAAUACUAUGAGAAGGGGAGUAAAAACACAACGGAAGUCGUCACGCAUCGCAUCAGCAAAGAUGUAACCAAUGUGGACAGCGAGAAGGAGGAGAAAAGAAAGGUGAACCCUCUGUAUAGUGAUUUAUUUGGAAGGAAAACACCAGAUAUUAACAACAAGGCUCCAUGUGAAAAAAUCAUGCCAACUACUUUGAAUUGUAAUUGGUUGUAUUGCCCCAUCGACAGCAGGAAGUACUCAGAACAGUCCAUUAAUUCCUCCGAUUAUUUACAAUCCUGUGAAAAGGGAAACUUUAACAGAAAGUCAUAUUUUGAUAAAGAAGUAUAUGAUAAUGAAAAAAAAAAAAUUCUUCAAGAAGCAAUACAGAAGGGGGCCAGGGCUUCGCUCAGAGUACAUAUGCAAUCCAUUUUACAGGAUGGUGCUAACUACAAUUUGGAAGACUGCAAUCAUGUAGAAGCAACUUACCUAACUCUCCAUAACAUAAAAGAUUGCGUGUCAGAUGAGGAGAUAAAAGAUGCUGUGAGGAAGAGCGGCGCAUUCGUAGUUACCUAUGAACCAGAGUAUGAUUUCCUAUGUGAUAGACGCAAAAGCAACGCGAAGUUGUGCAUUAGGCAUGCUAAUGGGAAAGAGGGCUUAAAUUUAUUAACAAGCUUGUUGGCUCAGCUGGAAAUUACGGUUCAGCUUAUGUGA